AUGGCGUUGAAGACUCGGCGAGCGCACCUGGUGCUCCUUGUGCCUUUGAUGCUGACGUUGUCAUGGACCUACAAUUUUCUCAGCUCCGGCUCCAUGGACACCACAAGCACCCGCUGCCGCCGUCGCGAGAUGCUGGCGGGCGCCGUGCUGCCGGCACUCGUGCCUGAAGCGAGCAACGCGCAAGUACCUGACUGGCAAGGCGCAUAUGAAGAUCCAGACCAUCCUGGGUGUAAGAGAGAAGUGCGAGUGGAAGGCAUGAAAGUGACCAUCGAGGCCGCGGAAGGAAAACCCGGCUGCGGCAAUGGCGAGAAGGAGCGACCGUGGAGUGUGAGUGGCAAACUCAGCUUGGCCGCCUACAACGAUGCCUGA